AUGGGUAUAAGGGAAGCAGAGGAGGAAGGGCCUAUUUUCAGGGAUAUAAGGCGAUAUUAUUGUGAGUACUGUGGCAUCUGCAGGUCCAAAAAGACCCUGAUUGCUUCUCACAUGCUCACUCACCACAAGGAAGAGAUGGAAAUGGCCAAAGAGGCUGAUGGGGAAGGAGAGAGGGAAAAACCCAAUACUUGCCAAGAAUGUGGUGCUACUUUUAAAAAACCUGCAUAUCUCAAGCAACACAUGCAAAGCCAUUCCCUUGAGCUUAUUUUUUACGUUUUGGAUGAAGUUUCUGUAGUAUUUGCAUCAAUUGAAGUUAGAAGUUUUGCAGGAAUCGGCAUUUUAAAGAAGUAUCUGUUGGACAACGUGAAGCAUUGGAUCCCACACAAAGAACUCCAAAAUGCGCAAGGGUUUGUCUUGAACGGACCAGUACCAGGUGGGAGACCUCCUGGGAAGCUCCAUCAAGCAAGCCUCAAUCACAGGCCAUACGUUUGUUUGGUGGAUGAUUGUCGUUCCAGCUUUAGAAGAAAGGACCACUUAAAUCGUCAUCUUCUUCAGCACCAAGGGAAACUCUUUAAGUGUCCGAUUGAGAACUGUAAUCGUGGGUUUGUUUCCCAAGGUAACAUGAGGAGGCAUGUAAGAGAACUCCACAAUGAGGAUGAUCCUUCGGCUUAUGUUGGGGGUCAGAAGCAGCAUGUAUGCCAGGAUUGUGGAAAGGUGUUCAAAUUUGCUUCAAAGCUGCAGAAGCAUGAGAAUUCUCAUGUUAAGCUGGAUUCAGUGGAGGCAUUCUGCUCUGAACCUGGCUGUAUGAAAUAUUUUUCUAAUCAGAAAUGCCUUAAGGCCCAUAUUCAGUCCUGCCACCAACAUAUCACCUGUGAGAUAUGUGGGACCAAGAAGCUGAAAAGGAACAUAGAACGGCAUCUCUGCAUGCAUGAAGGGGGGCGUGCUUCAGUGGAGAGAAUUAAAUGCAGUUAUAAGGGUUGUCUUCACACAUUUUCAACUAAAUCAAAUCUCCAUCAACAUGUCAAGGCAGUACACCUUGAACAUAAACCUUUUGUCUGUAGCUUUUCGGGUUGUGGCAUGAGAUUCGCAUACAAGCAUGUGAGAGAUAAGCAUGAGAAGACUGGACGUCAUGUCUAUGCAUAUCACCACCGACCCCUUCUCUCCUUCUCAACCAACCAUAGCCGAGUUGAGUGCCCAGAUGACUCAGCUCCUACAGAUGCAGACUUUGGCCCCGAAUCUAAUUCUGAAUUAGGAUCCUCUUUUGACGACCCCGACCCCGACCCCGACUAUGAUGACGACGACGACCUCGACUCCUACUCUGACUCCGGCAACGACCUCGACCCCCACUCCAAUGAUGACUCCGACCCCAACCUCGAAUUUGUCUUUGAUUCAGACCCCGAUCUCGACUUCGACUCCGACUCCGAUCCCGACUCAAGCUCAGAUCCCGAUCCGAAUUCCUACUAA